AUGAUACGAUUGAGAAAGGUAUCCUUGGUGAACGACAUCCGAAAGAAUCGUACUCCACUCUAUUAUUGGUCUCUCGGUGCUGGUUUCAUUACAACCGUAUCUUUUAUUACAUUUGGUUAUUUUUAUUAUUCAUAUAAGAUCAGACAAAGAACAAAAGAAGGUAUUAAAAAAGGUGAAAUUGAACGUAUUGUCAGUACUGAAGGUUUAAAUAGUCAAGAAUUAGAAAAAGCGAUUGGUUUAUUUCAAAAACAACGAAUUCACGAACAAAUUCAAGUUGAUAAUUACGAACGAUAUCAAAAAUUACGUAAUAAACGUCGUGAACAAGAAGCAUCAAAUGAACAUGUUAAUCAUAUUGUAACAUCAAUUUUAAAUAAAAGACAACGAAAUGUUAUUGAACAACAACAAACAUUUAUUCGAAAAAAUACAGAUGAAAAUAAUAAAAGAAAUAAUUAUCUUGUGGAUAAAUUUACAUCAAAAAAACGAACCAUUUCAUCAAAAGAAAAUGUCAUGAAUCCAAUAACAAAACUUAUUUCUCCAAAAAAGAAAGCUCCUAUUGAAAUUAAUGAUGAUGAUGAUUUUAUGACAAUAAGAAAGCGCCCUAAAGUUAUUCAUCAACCAAAAAUAAAUUCUAUUGUAAGAAAAAAUGAUUCAAUUAAAGAAUGUCUUGAAUCAAUUUUAAUACAAAUCGAAAAUAAUGAUGUAACAUGUCCUAUUUGUAAUCAAGUUUUAUCCAACUUAAGUACUAUUGAUCAACGCCAACAACAUGUUAAUCGAUGUCUUGAAGAACCUCAAAUUAUAAAUGUUGAAGCAAAACAUCAAAAAACUUUAUUAUCUUAUACAAAACCUUUAUCUACUAUUCGAAAACCAACAACAGCAACAACAUUAUCUAAUUUCAAAUGUCAAAUUUGUGGAAUGUCAUUUCAUGUAAAACAUACUUAUUUAUCACAUCUUAAAAAAUGUUCCAAUCAAAACAGUGUUCAAUUAAAACAUGCUGUUAAUUUUGCUGCCAAAACUAUAGCAAAUAUCAAUGAAACAAAACCAAUUACUACAGUAAAGAAACAAAUAGGAACUAAUAUUAAAAAUCGAAUUAUUAAAAUGGAAAUACCAAAAACUGAAGAUGAUGAACAACAACAAUUAGCAAUCGCACUUUCAACUUCAAUUAAAACUGCUUUAGAACCUCCUAAUGCUUUCGAUAUCCUUCAAGCUGCCUCAAAAAAAGCCAAAACAAUAGAUUUAUUAACAACACCACUGUGGAAUGUCUCAAUGAACGACAAACUAAAAUUAUGUUCAACACGUUUAUCAAAUCUAUGCGAACGCCUUAUUACAAUAAUAUCUUCAGAAAAUUCAUAUAAAUUUCCUGUAAGUUCUCUUCAAGUUAUUUCUCAAACAAAUUUUGGUCACGUCAAUUGGUGGAAUAUAACAACAACUGAUCCUCAUGAUGAUGAAGUCCCGAUGACGCAAUUAGCUCGAAUACUUGAUGAUAAUGAUGAUGAACUAACGAUAUGA